GGCUGUCUGAAAAUUAGCAAGAUGACACAAAUAUCUUGUUUGCUGAACCCAACACAGGGGCUUAAUUUGUGUUCAUAUCUUAGUGUAAUCUGGUUCAGCACUUCCCAAAACCAGUCUUGGAAUGCAUGAACUGCAUUGGUGUGUGGUGGAUGAUGGAUUUUAUAAGGUGAAUAUGCCAAAUUCACCAGAUCCAGCUAAUGGAUAUCAUCAGAAAGAAAAGUGGAGUGGUCUGGGCAGCAGAACCAUGAUGGGAAAUGAAAAUGGUCUCCACUAGUCAUUUAGAAAUGAAAUGUUCUCUGCUGACACAGUAUUUAUUUUGAAAAGAUGUAAUGCAAAUGUUGUACUUAUGUAAUCCCUGAUGCUUUCAGCAAAAAGACAGACAAAGCCAAAAACUGAGUAACAAUUCAGAGCAAAAAAUGCAAGAUAAGACAAUGCAUUCAGCAAUCAGCUCUUCAGUUCCUGCAUUCUUAGCCAAGCUUUGGGCUAUGGUGAAUGAAGAAAGCACUGAUUCAGUUAUUGGAUGGACAGAGGACCAGAAGUCUUUCUACAUCCGAAACCAGUCCGUUUUCUCAAUGGAACUCCUUCCUGUCUAUUACAAGCACAACAACAUGGCAAGCUUUGUGAGACAGCUCAACAUGUACGGCUUCAGGAAGGUGCUGUCUCCGACGGCUGGCUCGCUGCGUAACGAGUCCGACGAGAUGAUCUUCGCACACUCCGACUUCGUCAAGGACGAGCCGUGGGGCCUGGACAACAUCAAGCGGAAGAUCCCACUGCACAAGGACGGCAAGCUGGCGACGAACAGCACCGAGCUGCUGUCGCGGCUGUACGGAGAGGUGAAGACGAUGAAGGGCAAGCAGGACUCUUUGGACAGCCACCUGAACAAGAUGAAGCGCGAGAACGAGUCGCUGUGGCGCGAGGUGCUCGUAUUGCGCCAGAAGCACGCCAAACAACAGCAGAUCGUCAACAAGCUGAUCCAGUUCCUGGUGUCGUUCGUGCAGCCGGGCCGCGGCUCGGCCGGCAUGGGCCUCAAGCGCAAGCAGCUGCCGAUGCUGGAGGACACGCUGCAGGGCGAGCCGAGCGCCAAGACGCCGCGGCUCAGCCGCACCUUCUCGCUCGACGACUCGAGUGCCCACCUCGAUAGCAGACGGUCGACGGCCAACUCGCCGGGCGGCCCGGUCAUCCACGAGGUCACGGACCAGGUGUUCUCGCCGUCCGACGACGUGGUGGUGGCGUCCUCACAGCUGCCCAUGGACUUCAUGGCCUCCCCCGAGCGGCCGUCCACCGUCGACUGGUCGCCGGUGGCCGAGCAGCUGGCCGCCAGCCCGGGCCCCAGCAAAGUGGCCGACCCAGCGGCGCUGCAGCAGCAACAG